UAGCAAUACACACCAAAAUUUUUAAAAAUCGUUUUCUGAUGUUAUCGACCAUGACAAAGAAAUUCAAAUAAAUCGAUACUGAGAUCACUGGGUAGAUUACGUUGGAAUCUUUAAAUAAUACUUUCUGAUAAUUCCCAUAAUGCGUGAGAUACCAGAAUGUUUGAAUCGCCGUUAUCAGAUGUUGGACAAGUUAAUCAAGGACUUGAGUUCUGCCGGGCCUCCCGAAGAAGCGGUCUCACCGCAACCCAGUACAGCGGGCAACGACGUCGGUGUCAAGUUAAUGUGUGAUUUCUGGAACAUUCUGAAAGAAGACCCAGAAUGUGACCUACCGCAAGAAGUACAUCAGCGCCUAUGUGGUAGAGACAGCGUAGGAUUGUAUGGUCCCCAGCAAGUAGAGUGUUACCUAGCCUGCAAGAGUAAGUCGAAGGAGAGUCUCGCAAGGCAGAAGCAAGAUGCAGCCAUGCAAAGAGUCAAACGGAUAACUGUCCCUAAAGAAGGAAAACCAAAACCUAGUUGCCCCGAAGUGUGCCAGAAUGAUGGUGAAAAGUUACCGCUCACUCAAGUUUUGUUUAACAUUAAAGAGGCGGCCUCUUUCGAUAAGAAAUGCCACGUGCGACUUGAAGAGCUCAUGUUAACUCAAAAAGAACUCGUCGAGCAAAUUCAAAAUUUGGAAGAAAAGGAAAGACAGGGCACGGAUCUGUUGAAACAGGCUGAUUGCAUGUGGUGCUGUAUGGAAGAGUCGUACAAGAAGAAAAUAUUGGAAUCUCAAAAUAGAAACAAAGUGUUGAUGGCACAGAUGAAAGAAAUAGACGCGAGUUGUAUCAAAUGGAGGAAGCAUAAGAAAGAUCUGGAAUUUCAAUUAACGAAUAUAAAUCAGUGUGGCGAUGACAUCAAAGAGAAAUUACAUCAGAAGAAUAACGACCUUAAAGUUAUGGGUAUGGAGAUUGAAGAAUUUAAGAGAAGAAUUGCAAGUAAUACUAAAGAUUUGGAUGUUGCUAAGAAUUCGUAUAGAUCGAAGAGAGAAGCUUCUGAUGGAAGAAUGGCAACUAUGGCUUCUAAAAUGAAGAAACUUCAACAAAAGAUUUCAUUGGAAAAGAAAGCUAAAACAGAAAAAGAGAAUGAAGGUUCAAGUUACGUGAAAGAAGCGAGAGAAGAUUUACAAAAAAUUUGUAGACUCCUUUUACAGAAGAAACUUGAAAGUGAAGAUCUGCUUGCUGAGAAAGAGGCGUUAUUUCAAGAGAUUGAUCUUCUUAAGCAGACCUGGGAUACAUGUAAAGAAAAAUGUAAGAAAAAAGAAAAAACCAUUGCCGACGAACUGGCAAAAAUUGAUAAAGAGUUGACCACAUUUCGGGUGAAAUGCAUAAAAUGUCAUCAAUGUGUCGACACUGCAGAUGUUAGGAAAUACUGUACCGAUUGUCCAAGAUGUUUAGCAGAAAGGGAUUGUUUGUACUCAACCGAUCAUUGCAGUCCUGACCAUUCCAUGGAUUGUGUUUGCAUGAGCGUGAAACAGAAAUUUUUGGAUAAUGUUUUUGAAAACAUGUACACAGUUUUGGAGAGACAAACUAAAACUUGUCCCGGUAAAGCUGUUGCUGAUUGUGUGUUGAAUUGUUUGAAGAGAAGCCGCAAUGGGAAACUGAAUCAGGAAACCAAGAGAGUACUGCAAGAUUUUAUACUGAGUACUGUGAAGAAGAAUUUGAAUUUAACAAUUGUCGGUGGAGCGGUGAAGACAAGAUGCGAGAUGGACUCGGAAACUUAUAAGCAAUUGAUGUUGUGUCUCAAAGACGUUACUGUAACACGUCCAGUGAAAGAAGAUAAGGGCACAGGGGCUAAAAAGGAUCCGUGUAAUCGCUGGGGUGGAACUAAUGAGUGUAAUUGUCCAAAAGGUCCUAAAGCCUGUGUCUGUAAUAAAGCUCCAAAACCACCAACUGACCCUUCUUCUUGUGGACUACAACCACCAGAUGAGGACCCGGAGUCUUGUGAGAAAACGUGUCCACUACGAGAGCCGCUGGCGUGCAGCACAGACUGUGGUAUGUUGGGGAUGCCGGGUGCGCCGGACAACUGGCGACGCGAGCCAUGCGCCGGCCCGAGCUGCCCAUUCUCCAAGAAUAUGCGAGCCGCUCAGUGUGUUCUGGGGCCCGACCCGCUCUCCUCAGCGCAGAAGGCUCACCCCGUGCCACCAAACAUACCAAAGAAAUCACUAGAAGAUAAACCGGCUACAUGCACUUGUGGAAGCAAGGUGAUAAAACAAUGUCCAUGUCAUAAAGAUCGUAGAAGUCAUACGCGAAAAAAAAUUUUCGAGGAAGUCAUGGGAAGAUAUACUGAGGUGUCACCUAUAGAAAAAGUAAGUUUCAUGUUUAUAGACACCGAGUCCUCCGAUUUAAAUUAUGAAACAUGUGAUUAGU